CGCGUCCCCGGCGCCGGGCGCCCAAUCCCGCGCGCCACCGGUGCGCCUCAGCGGCCAGCGUCUCAGCCGGCCGGCGCCGCUCCUCCGGGGCUGUCAUGUCUCACAGCCAGCCCCGGCAGCGCGGCACGGCCCAGGCUCCCGCGUCCACGGCCGGCACCCGCGAGGGGCCAUGAUCCGGCUGGGCGGUUGGUGCGCGCGGCGGCCCCGAGGCGCGGCGGGCCCGGCGGAGAGGCGCGGGGCGUCGGGGAAUCCGGGCGGCCGCGCCCUGCGGGUGCUGGUGGACAUGGACGGCGUGCUGGCCGACUUCGAGGGCGGCUUCCUCAAGAAGUUCCGUGCGCGCUUCCCCGACCUGCCCUUCGUCGCGCUGGAGGACCGGCGCGGCUUCUGGGUGUCGGACCAGUACGACCUCCUGAGCCCCGGGCUGAGCGAGAAGGCCAUUAGCAUCUGGGAGUCUAAGAAUUUCUUCUUUGAACUCGAGCCUCUGCCAGGGGCUGUGGAAGCUGUGAAGCAGAUGGCCAACCUACAGAACACUGACGUGUUCAUCUGCACAAGCCCCAUCAAGAUGUUCAAGUACUGUCCCUAUGAGAAGGGGCUGAGCCACACCCCAGCUGGGAGCACGUCCUCUUCACAUCCUGCCACAACCGGCACGUGUGGCUGCCUCCCUCACGCCAGCGGCUGCACUCAUGGGCGGAUGACUGGAAGGGCAUUUUGGAUAGCAAGCGGACCCGCUGACUGCUGCCUUGCGACUCCCCCUCCACUGAUGCCAGUGCUCCUGCUGAGGGCCGACGGACCUGUGGCUCCCUCUGGAUGUGUGGGCCAGUACCACCUCCUGCUGUAUGCUCCUUCCCCAGCCCUGCCAGGCCUUAACCUGCUCUUGGGUAGGGCUGGGCCUCUGGACCCCUGGACAGAGACACAUGCACCCAGGAGGUUUGCACUGACCUGAGGUGGUGGCCUCAAGCUGCCAGGGGUCCUGAGGCUCACGCCAGGGAGUUGUUGAAAACAGUGGCCCUGUCUACUUGCUGGACCUUGUUCAGGUCCCUGAACUGCCAGGGCACCCUGGUCUCUGGGUCUGCUGCUGUCAGCAAGAAGUGCUGGGAAUAUGAUAGCCAAGGUGCUUCCUGGUGGGCCAGAGGCCCUUACUGUCCUGACCACAGUACCUAUCCUACUUGCCCAGAGUGUCUGGGCUUCCCGAAUGACUUGUCAUGUAUUCAGCAAACACCAGCCCCUGUGCUAGGGCACAACACUGGUCCUGCCUGUGACCAGCUCCAAGGUACUGCUGCUCCAUCCCUGGGAUCUUGCUCAGGGCUUGACACAGUGUCAAUGGGCUGAAUGUUUGUUGAAUGCAUGAGAAAUAAAUGCUGUUUACUUAGA